AUGUCCUCCCUUAGACUGAGGACCGGCUCUCUGCCGUUGGAUGAUCUUCUCGGCCGGCCCAUCGGUUGCUGCUUCUCGCCUCCGCGUUUCCUCACCCCGCCGCCGCAGCCGCAGCCGCCGCCGCCGCCGUCGCCGUCGCCGUCGCCGUCGCCGUCGCCGUCGCCGCCGCCGCAGCCGCAGCCGCCGUCGCCGUCGCCGUCGCCAUCGCCGCCGCCGCGUCGUCUGCGUUUCAUGUUCAGGCUCCUGCCCCGCAUCACCCCGCUCCCGCGCCGCCGCCUCCGUCGCAGCCACAACCCAAACCCACUAAUCUCCCCCGCCGUCGCUGCUUCCCUCGCCGGCGUCCUCGCCACCCGCUCCACGAACCCCACCUGGGCACGGUCCCUCGCGGCGCUGCUCCCCUCCCCGCUCUCCGACGCCCACCUCGCCGCCGCCGUCUCCUCCCUGCCCGACCCCGACCUCGCCGUCGCUCUCCUCUCCUGGUCACAGUCCCCCGACCACCAUGUCGCCCUCCAGGACCCUACUCCUCUCGCCCACUCCACGCUGCUCCGCCUCCUCGCCCGCUCCCGCCGCUUCGACGCCGUGGACGACACGCUCCAGUCUAUGUCUCUCGCGGGCGCCGCGCCCACGCGCGCCUGCCUCGGCGCGCUCGUCGCCGCCUACGCCGACGCUGGCAUGCUUGGAAAGGCCACCGAGAUGUGCGAGCGCGUAAGGGAGCAGUACGGCUCGCUCCCGGAGGUGACCCAUUGCAACCGCCUGCUCAAGCUCCUAGUGGAGCAGCGGCGCUGGGAUGACGCCCGUAAGCUGUAUGAUGAAAUGCUUGGCAAGGAUAGUGGUGCGGAUAACUACAGUACUUGUGUGCUUGUCCGGGGACUGUGCCUGGAAAGGCGAGUGGAAGAGGGGUUGAAAUUGAUUGAAGCAAGGUGGGGAGCUGGGUGCAUUCCACAUGUAGUGUUCUAUAACGUCUUGAUCGAUGGGUAUUGCCGGCGUGGAGAUAUGGGUAGAGGAUUGUUGCUGUUGGGGGAAAUGGAGACAAAUGGAUUCUUGCCAACCCUUGUGACAUAUGGUUCUCUUAUAAAUUGGCUUGGAAAGAAGGGUGAUCUAGAGAAGAUUGGGAGUUUAUUUUUGGAGAUGAGGAAAAGGGGAUUUUCCCCCAAUGUCCAGAUUUAUAACAGUGUCAUAGAUGCUUUGUGCAAUUGCCGGUCUGCAACACAGGCUAUGGUGAUCUUGAAGCAGAUGUUUGCAAGUGGAUGUGACCCAGAUAUCAUCACAUUUAAUACUUUGAUAACUGGGCUGUGCCACGAAGGGCAUGUUCGAAAGGCUGAGCAUUUUUUGAGGGAGGCCAUCAGGAGGGAGUUGAACCCAAAUCAGCUUAGCUACACUCCAUUGAUUCAUGGGUUCUGCAUGAGAGGGGAGUUGAUGGUUGCAUCAGAUUUGCUUGUGGAAAUGAUGGGCAGAGGGCAUACUCCUGAUGUUGUCACAUUUGGAGCACUAAUUCAUGGUCUUGUAGUUGCUGGCAAAGUCAGUGAGGCUUUGAUUGUUCGUGAGAAGAUGACAGAAAGACAGGUAUUCCCGGAUGUUAACAUAUACAAUGUAUUGAUUAGUGGUUUGUGCAAGAAACGCAUGCUUCCUGCAGCUAAGAACAUUCUUGAAGAGAUGCUUGAGAAAAAUGUCCAACCUGAUGAGUUUGUUUACGCCACAUUAAUUGAUGGAUUCAUUAGGAGUGAGAAUCUUGGUGAUGCAAGGAAAAUAUUCGAAUUCAUGGAACACAAGGGUGUCUGCCCUGACAUUGUUAGCUGCAAUGCCAUGAUAAAAGGUUAUUGUCAGUUUGGAAUGAUGAGCGAGGCAAUUCUAUGCAUGAGCAACAUGAGAAAGGUUGGGUGCAUCCCGGACGAGUUUACAUAUACUACAGUUAUUAGUGGCUAUGCUAAACAAGGUAACCUUAAUGGAGCUCUAAGGUGGUUAUGUGAUAUGAUCAAGCGGAAAUGCAAGCCAAAUGUUGUUACAUACUCUUCAUUAAUAAAUGGAUACUGUAAGACAGGUGAUACAGACUCUGCAGAAGGCUUGUUUGCAAAUAUGCAGGCUGAAGCUCUAUCUCCUAAUGUGGUAACUUAUACCAUCCUAAUUGGUAGUCUGUUUAAAAAAGACAAAGUACUCAGAGCUGGUUUGUACUUUGAAACCAUGUUGCUUAACCAUUGUUCUCCUAAUGAUGUUACCUUACAUUAUCUAGUCAAUGGGCUCACUAGUUGUACUCCUUGUGUCAUCAACUCUAUCUGCUGUAACACUAGUGAGGUGCAUGGCAAGGAUGCCCUUUUAGUCGUAUUCAAGAAAUUGGUUUUUGACAUAGGGGAUCCAAGGAAUUCAGCAUACAAUGCCAUCAUCUUCAGCCUGUGUAGACAUAAUAUGCUCAGGGAAGCAUUGGAUUUUAAAAAUAGGAUGGCUAAAAAGGGCUAUGUGCCGAAUCCUAUCACCUUCCUUUCACUUCUUUAUGGCUUUUGUUCUGUUGGAAAAUCAGUGAAUUGGAGGACCAUCCUUCCUAAUGAAUUUCAGCAAGAGGAGUUCGAGAUAAUAUUUAGAUACAAGUUUUUGUUUGACCAAUAUGCAACUGAGUCAGUUUGCUGUGAAGUCUCCAGGGUUUUACAGCAUCUUGCAGGGUGUAAAUCCUUGCAGCGUGUGGAGCAGAAAUUUGCUAAUUCUUGAUGCCCGUCUACCUGGCUCUUGUAAAUGAGGGAGAUCAUUUAUUCUUUUGUUUGGCCAGAAAAAUCACCAGCCAAAUUCAUUAUGAAAGAAAGGAGAGUGUAGGGUACAAAGUUACUGCAACAAGGUUGUUGUUACGGCUUAUUUGAUUUUUUUACUUCAGCAACUGGAGGUUGAAAGAUCAGGAACGUUCAUAGUACCAUCUAACUGGAGGAGUGGUAUUAAUAUGACCAAAUCUCCCGCAGAGAUCUCCACCCAAAGGUGAAUUUAUUUAACCCUAUGACUUUUCCAUGGUUAGUGUCUCCAAUGGCCACUCAACUACAGUUGAUGCUAUUGUGACACUGCAAGCAAGAUUAUUUGGCAGGAUGCGCAGGUGUAAAUCAGACUGCAAUGUCGCUUAAGCGCAGGACCGUCGUAGCAACUGCAGCUAGAUCAUACUCCCUCCAUCCCAUAAAAAACCAACCUAAUACUUGAUGUUGACACAUCAUAGUAUUACGAAUCUAGACAUAUCGCUAUCCAGAUACGUAGUAUUAGGAUGUGUCAACGUCCAGUACUAGAUUGGUUUUUUAUGGGUACGCGAUUUAGAAUUUUGUUGUCCUUCUAUCAUUCGGUAUAGGCGACGGUUGCAGACUUGCAGAUCACAACACCCUCCGUCAGACCAUCACUCAGUAAGUAUGCAGGUAGUUUCUUUUAGCUUUAGGUGUAGGAGUGCAGGACAUUGUAUAGCUUACACGUAAUUUUACAUGUACAAACACUCGUUGGUAUCAUGACAAAUCUGGAAAUCUUGCCGUCUUGCUCAUCUAGAACAAUGCCAUUACAAAGUUUUUUUUAUGGCCA